CUCCUUCUUUCCCUUCAGUUAACCAUCAUCACUUCUCCUUCACGCAAUUUUCUCCUUUCUUCUGCACCCAUUUCCACAGCCGCCGAGGCACUUAAUCUCUUUCCCAACCGGAUGUGGAUCAGCUGUAUCACGCUGCAGAAUCUCCUCUCCGUCUAUUUUAAUCCGUCGGACCACCAGCGGGCAAACCAGAUCGUAGUUGGAUGUAUUGCAGGUUAAAGGAUGGAUUACUUAAUCCUGAAUUCUUACAUGGUGUAAAUGGAUAUGUGAAUGAAGCAAAAAAACAUACAAAAUGCAUGAAUGGAGAACUCAUUCGAUGUCCGUGCAAUAGAUUUCGGUGUCAAAAACCGUUCUUUUCAGGAGGAGAGUACCAUUAAGUAUCACCUAAUGAAGUUUGGAUUUGUACCUAACUAUCAAGAAUGGUACCUGCAUGGUGAGAAGCAACAGUACAAUAUUGACCCAACAAUGGAUCAGAACAAUAAUGUUUUGCAUACUGAAGAUGAGCAUCAAACUUCUUUACAUCCUUUUACAGAAAUGGUUAUAGAUGCAGCAGGACCAAACUUCAUUCUAUCAUAUGGAAAUGAACUACCAAAUGCAACAACAAAGAUGUUAUUUGAUAUGUUCAAUGCAACAAACCAAGAGUUAUGGCCGAGAUGUCAAAAUCACUCUCAGUUAUCUGUAGUUGCUUGGAUGCUUAACAUCAAAUCUGAGCAUCACUUGUCAGAAAGGUGUUUUGAUGAUAUAUGUCAAUUAGUGAAUGAGAUGCUUCCAGCAGAUAAUGUGAUGACCCCCAUUUCUACAGCACAAAGAAGUUAGUUUGGGGUUUAGGUCUCCUAGUUGAGAAAAUUCA